GACGUCACGGGCGGAUCGGGAUUUGGGAGAGCCGGAAGCCGCGGAGAGUCGAAGCAUUCCCGGACCGUUCGCGUGUCAGAGCGGGGCUGCGACCGAACCGAGACCACCGCUGUGGAUCCUGCCGCUCAGCCGGACCGAGGUACCGUUGUGUGGCGGACGUGUGUAACCUGUGACGAUGUGGAAGGCAGCAGCAGGACAGAACCUGAAGGUGUCUGUAGAUGAGGGCGGGGACGACUGGGAGACAGACCCUGACUUUGAGAACGAUGUGUCAGAGAAGGAGCAGAGGUGGGGGGCCAAGACUGUGGCUGGUUCAGGACACCAGGAGCACAUCAACAUCCACCAGCUGAGGGACACUGUGUCCACAGAGCACACGUCCCUGAAGCAGCAGGAGCUGGACAACAUGCCCAAAGCCUCUCAUGGAUAUGGAGGGAAGUUUGGAGUGCAGCAGGACCGCAUGGACAAGUCUGCUGUGGGCCAUGACUACCAGAGCAAGCUGUCCAAGCACUGCUCACAGACGGACACCACCAAGGGCUUUGGAGGGAAGUUUGGUGUUCAGGCUGACCGUGUUGACAAGUCAGCUGUUGGCUUCGAGUACGCUGGGAAGACAGAGAAACACGCCUCCCAGAAAGAUUAUUCAAAGGGCUUCGGUGGGAAGUUUGGUGUGGAGACGGACAAGGUGGACAAGAGCGCCUUGGGGUUCGAGUACCAGGCCAAGACUGAGAGGCACGAGUCCCAGAAAGACUACGUGAAGGGCUUCGGGGGAAAGUUUGGAGUCCAGUCGGACCGACAGGAUAAAUCUGCACUGGGCUGGGACCACCAGGAGAAAGUGCAGCUGCACGAGUCUCAGAAAGACUAUAAGCGUGGGUUUGGAGGGCAGUAUGGGGUACAGGUGGAGAGGCAGGACCAGUGUGCUCUGGGUUACGAGCACAAGGAGAGCCUGGCAAAGCACGAGUCCCAGAAAGAUUAUGCUAAAGGCUUUGGAGGGAAGUUUGGUGUCCAGAACGACCGGAUGGACAAGAGUGCUGGAACCUUUGAGGAUGUGGAGAAACCCGUCUCGUCGUACCAGAAAACCAAACCUGUGGAGGCUGCUGGCAGCAGCACAGGGAACAUCAAGGCUCGCUUCGAGAACAUCGCCAAGCAGAAGGAGGAGGAGGACAGGAAGCGGGCCGAGGAGGAGAGAGCUCGCCGACAGGCCAAGGAGAGGCAGGAGCAGGAGGAGGCUGCACGCAGCAAAACAGAGACGGUCAGAGAGCCGUCCCCUGUCCCRGCUGCCAGUCCCAGUCCUCCCCGCAGCCCCACCCCCCCAGUUCAGCCUGCUGAGGAGUACGAGUAUCUGCCUCCAGACAAAGCUUCAGCUGCUGAGAGCGAGGAGCCGCUGUACGAGCCCACCGACCUGUACCAGAACCCAGAUGAGCCCGCUUCAGACCAGCAGCAGUACGAGUACGGUGAGGACCUCGGGGUGACGGCUGUGGCUCUGUAUGAUUACCAAGCAG